GAUCCGCACAGACGCGCUGCUCCCACACUUUCGAGCCCACAGCCACUCGCGAUCAUGUCUCCCAGCAGGAAAUUCUUCGUGGGGGGGAACUGGAAGAUGAAUGGAGACAAGAAAAGCCUGGGGGAGCUGAUCAACACCCUGAAUAACGGCAAGAUUAACGCGGACACAGAUGUCGUGUGUGGCGCCCCCUCCAUUUACCUGGACUUCGCCCGGCAGAAGCUGGACGCCAAGUUUGCCGUUUCGGCGCAGAACUGUUACAAGGUGGCAAAGGGCGCUUUCACUGGGGAGAUCAGCCCAGCAAUGAUAAAGGAUGUUGGUGCAACUUGGGUGAUCCUUGGGCACUCGGAGAGGCGACACGUGUUCGGGGAGUCAGACGAGCUGACUGGCCAGAAAGUGGCCCAUGCCCUGUCCGAGGGUCUCGGCGUCAUCGCCUGCAUUGGGGAGAAGCUGGAUCAACGCGAAGCUGGCAUCACCGAGAAGGUUGUGUUUGAGCAGACCAAAGCCAUUGCAGAUAACGUGAAGGACUGGAGCAAGGUCGUCCUGGCUUACGAGCCAGUCUGGGCUAUUGGAACUGGCAAAACGGCCACCCCUCAACAGGCUCAAGAGGUGCACAUCAAGCUCCGCGAUUGGCUGAAGACUCACGUCUCUGAGGAAGUUGCCCAAUCCACUCGCAUUAUCUAUGGAGGGUCAGUCACAGGAGGCACAUGCAAAGAGCUGGCAUCUCAGCCAGACAUUGAUGGCUUCCUGGUAGGAGGAGCUUCACUCAAGGCGGAGUUCAUUGACAUCAUCAACGCCAAACAUUAACCACCUUUUUAUGCCUAAAACCUGCCCUUUUCUUCCCAAUAAGUGGUGGCAUCUCCAGGAGUCCUAAAUGGCUAAAAAAAUAGUGGGGUCUACAGAUAUGCUCCAUGAUCCAUACCAAGCCUUAUUGGCAUAUCUGAAUAAUGGCUCUAAAAAUAAGAUGAAGACCCAUCACAGGGAACUGGAAAAAUUCCCAUUUGACCAGUAAUAAAUGCACUGCGGAACUGUUGGUUUCCACUCUUCUAUCCUGGAGAUGCAACUACCAGACGGUUUAAGACCAGGGUGGGCGACGAUGGUCCGAGCGCAAAGACCAGGUUUCAGGUUAAUCUGUUUGAACACAAAUUAGUUUUAUGGCACUUCAUGAGCAGGUCAUCCUGAAAUCACUCUUGUCCUCUGUUGGACCAGUGUAACCCGACUCGGACCUAGAAUAGACCUUUCCUCGUUGUGUUUAGUGUAUAACGGUUGGCUGUUAAACUCAAUCUCUUUGUUGGGGGGCUCUCCAAGCCAAGCAAGGUGAUUGUAGAAAGUCAAAUAAAAUAA